AUGACGAUUGCCAUAUCUGAGUUGGCUGGUAAGGAGCGCAAAAGACUGUUGAUCGGCCUGGGACGCCGUGCCCUGUCAGCUUCUUGCUACCCAUGUUUCCAGAACUACUAUCAUGCGCUCAAAUACUUGCGCCCACACCCGCUCUUUAUCUCCAAUGUGCGUUCAUCCAUCAAUCACUGGCAAAUCAGAGACUUACUCCAGAUCGAUUCUCUAAAUGGCAAUAUAUAUCACACAUACGAAGAUUCCAUCCGGGUGUUACCUGUUUAUCCGCAGAAUGAACCACUGGUGAAGAGCCACGACUACUUGCGCCUCCCAUACUUUCCGAGAUGCUUCAACCACUCUCCUGGGGGCGUAGUAGUGGCUGGUGGAGUUGUGACCUCACUGUCGAAAGUCUAUCUGAUGAACAUUCCAGACUUAACACGCAAAAUUCCCGGAAGCUCACACUCUCGACCUCUGAAGGGACUCUUUUCGUUGUAUACCCCAGAAAUGGAAACGGAUAUGACAUUUAAGUUGGGAGAAAUGAUCAAUAACUCCGUGACAAUAUAUUCAAAAGAGGGAAGCUCUUCCCAAUAUACCUCAUACGUGUGUAACAACGAUUCGAGCUUAUAUAUUGUGGACGUCAGCAAUAAUUCCGUGACUGCCACGCGCAGCAUUGUUUGUGAACCUAAUACCUCUUUGAACAACGUUCACCAAUCUCCAGAUGGUAGAUUAUUGACAAUAACAGGCGAUUCUGGAAACAUCUUCUUGGCAGAUCCUCGCGAGGAAACCGCGACUAUUCAUACUAUAAAGACUCCUCAUGAUUCAGGGUUCGGAAUAUCUUAUCAUAACAACGAGCAAGUUCUUGCAUGCGCCUUUCAAAACGGAACAUGCUUACUUUAUGAUUUGCGGAGACGGGAGACACCUCUUCGCGAAGUCAAAUCUACCCGACCGGGCCACAGCUCUGGUGCUUUUAGAUGCUGCAAAUUCUUAAAGUCCCCAAUUCAAGAUCUUUUGGUCAUCCUGGAACAAGUUGGACGAGUUCAUCUUAUUGAUCUCCGUGAUCUGGAAAACAACGGUCACCAGGUGAUUGUGUUCCCAUUUGCUUUGGACCAGUUUGGUCGCAUCAAGCACGAGCGCCUCAGCAUCAGAGAUAAGCUUCUCAAAUCAGAACCAAGUUACAACUUUGACAACAAUAGAAACUCAGAAACUGAUUUGGAUAUCGACCGUGUUGACAAUCACAAGCGAUUUCCCAUCUACAAUGAAUCAUCAACACAGUUCACUGUUCCCUUGGUUUAUGAUUACGAAUAUCUUUCUGAAAAGAAUCCGAAACUUUUCAAAGAUUACGAAUACCAGGCACCUGCUAUUCCAGUAUGUGAGAAUUCGAGCCUUCUGAAUGCACCACCUCGUCUUAAUCAUCCACAGUGGAGCUCGACACCUGCACAUGUUAAUAAUGAUUGUGAUAUUAAUGGCUCGUUUGAUGUCGAUAAUGAUGGUUUGACGGAACACACAACACACUCAGUGGAUCCACAUGAUGUGAGAGAGAGACUCGAUUUGGAGGGUGCUGAGGCUGAUAUCGGUGAUUGGUGGCAAACUGAACCUCAACCAUACCACCCUCGAUUCUGUCAUGAUUCUUACCAGCAAUCUGUGAACCAUACACAUGGAGAGAUGGAACUCUCAGGUGUAGACUGGUUUGAGAAUCAACUAUAUAUUGGGUGUGAAGAUGGUGGAAUUCUACUGUGGGAUAUCAACGUGCAGGCAAGACGGAGCUUUGGUGAUUUUUCAUAUGCAUAA